AUGGGCCAAAUGACCGAUCAUGAUGCUUGGGCAAUCCAGAAGACCAUCAUGCAGACUGAGUUUCCCUUCAUGGUUCUCAAGUCACUCCAGUUUGCACUCUUUCGUACAUAUGGCAUCCCAACAAUCUCCACCCUUCUCCUAAAAACAUCCCAGUUCUCCGACUCAGCCACUUCAUUUAAACGAUACGCCGACACGGGUGCACUAAUCGGCGAGUUCAUGGCUUUUCACCCAAGCUCAGAUCGAGCCCAAACAGCAAUAGCCCGAACCAAGUUCCUCCACAAAGGAUAUCGAGCAAGCGGAAAAAUUCUCGAAGCAGACAUGCUGUACACACUCAGCCUCUUCGCCAUCGAACCAAUCCGAUUCGUGAAACUAUAUGAGUGGCGCGAGAUGACGGAGAUGGAACGCUGCGCCGUGGGUACAUACUGGAAAAGUCUUGGUGACGCAUUGGGAAUCAGCUAUGAUGUCCUCCCCUCCGGUAAGGAUGGUUUCCAAGAUGGAAUCCACUGGCUGGAAGAGAUCAAUGCUUGGAGCGAGCAAUAUGAGGCACAGCACAUGAAGCCUCACCCACGCAAUAAGGAAAUCGCAGAUAAAACCAUCGAUGUGUUGGUAUACAGUCUGCCUGGAUUCAUGAAGCCACUUGGCGAGUAUUUCGUCUCAUUCUUGAUGGAUGAACGUCUGCGAGGUGCCAUGAUGAUGGAACCCCCUCCAGCCUUCUUUAGCUUCACUUUCGCCUCAAUAUUCAAGCUACGUCAGUUAUGCCUUCGGUAUCUGGCUCUCCCACGCCCGAGUUUCAUGCGGUUAGAUGUAUUCACUGAGAAGCCUAACGAACAUGGUCGAAAUUGGGUACUUAUCUAUGAGGGGGCCCCAUUCUACGUGCAGCCCACGAUUUGGAAUCGUUGGGGUCCUGUGGCAUGGUUCAAGUGGGCUCUUGGACAGCCUUUGCCUGGUGAUGAUGGCGACAAGUAUUACCCCCAGGGUUAUUAUACACCUGAUCUGGGCCCGAAGUAUUUUGAAGGAAAGGGACGAAAGGAACUUGAGGCUAUACAAGAGACUCUGCGUCAGGAGCGGAUGGGGCAAUGUCCUUUUCCAUGA